AUGGGCAUAAUACUGAACAGUUUGGCCCUUUAUGUGUUCUGUUUUCAGACCAAAGUAAGGACACCCUCUGUUAUUUACACCAUUAACUUGGUAGUGACAGACCUCUUAGUGGGUCUCUCUCUACCAGCACGAAUUGUUAUGUAUUACCGUAAUGUAGAGACCUGUUAUAUCUGCUAUUAUGUUCACAGUUUUACGUAUUCUGUGAACAUGUACUGUAGUAUUCUUUUCCUGACCUGCAUCUGUGUUGAUCGCUACCUGGCCAUUGUGCAAGCCAGAGCCUCAUGCAGAUGGAGAAAUCCCAGUUAUGCCAAAUGCAUCUGUGUUUUGAUUUGGAUAUUUGCUGUAAUUGUAACUUUCAUCAUACUGACCACAACGAUUAACCACAAACAUUGUUGUUUUUUCCAGCUACUUAUGCUGACAGGUUUUGAGUAUUUUGUUCCCUUGGUGAUUGUUGUUUUCUACACCCUGCGGAUCAUGUGGACUUUGUCCAAGUCAAUACAAAUGAACCAAAGCCGAGAGAGAGAGAGACGGGUGAAGGCGGUACAGCUCCUCAUAAUGGUGCUGGUCAUCUUCACAGUCUGUUUCACUCCCAUUCAUGUUAGUCAAGUGGUUUUCUGUGUCCGCAGUGAGGUGUCUCGGGAUGUCAUCCUCAUUGUGUACCAUGUCACAGUAACUUUGAGUAGUUUUAAUAGUUGUAUGGAUCCCAUUGUUUAUUGUUUUGUUACUAGCCAUUUCCAAUCCGCUAGGAAUAGUAUUUUCAGAGAACAACCGCCACCAGUUCCUUUUAACAGUCCCUGCCCCUGCCGUAGGCAGCUCGCCCUGGGGGCUAGGAGAAUACAGGAGUAA